CCAAAAUCACGUGAUGUUGUUGACUUCCGGAUUCUCCAUUCAAUCAUAAGGGUCUCAACUUUCGACACAUGGAGCGUGUGUUAGGUUUAGGUGUUGGGCCUCUUGCUGCUGGGACUGUCGGGCUGCUGAUUUUGCUGAAAGUGAUGCAGAGACUGAGACACAAGCAGAAUCUACAGGAUAAAGUGGUGGUGAUCACUGGAGCCAGCUCAGGCCUGGGCAAAGAGUGUGCACGGGUCUUCCACGCGGCGGGGGCCCGACUGAUCCUUUGCGGACGGGACCAAAAGAGACUACAAGAGGUCGUUGAGGAGCUGAGAACUAAAAAUAAUAAUGGAAAAAUACAGACUUACACUCCCUGCACUGUCACCUUUGACCUCUCCAGCACAUCCCUGGUUUCCAGCGCCGCCAAGGAUAUUUUGAAGUGUCAUGGUCACGUUGAUGUCCUCAUCAACAAUGCAGGCAUUAGUUACCGUGGCAACAUCCUGGACACCCACGUCUCAGUUCAGCGAGAUGUCAUGGAGACCAACUACUUCGGUCCUGUUGCUCUUACACAAGCCAUUCUGCCUUCAAUGGUGGAUAGACGAAGUGGACAUAUUGUUGUCAUCAGCAGUGUGCAGGGAAAGAUUUCAAUACCGUACAGAUCUGCAUAUGCUGCAUCUAAGCAUGCGACGCAAGCCUACUUUGACUGUUUGAGGGCAGAGGUCGACAGGUUCGGCCUGCAGGUGUCUGUCAUCAGCCCGGGCUACAUCAGAACAAACCUGUCCAUCAAUGCAGUCACGGGGGACGGCUCUCAAUAUGGAGUAAUGGACAAAACCACAGCUAAGGGGUGGGAUCCAGUGGACGUGGCACGUGCCGUUCUGAAGGCUGUCUGUCACAAACAGAAAGACGUGGUGUUGGCUGGGCCGCUGCCGACUGCAGCCGUCUAUCUGCGCACACUCUGGCCUGCUCUCUACUUCAGACUGAUGGCUUCACCGGCCGUGAAAGAACAGAGAGUGAAAGAAGAAUAAGACAAAACAGUAUUAGAAAAAAUCUUUGCAUCUUUUCUCUGAAGAUUUCAUCGGCAAAAACUUUCAUUUGUAUGUCUAAAGGUGAAUACUCAUGGAAUGUAUUUAAUAAAUAUUUCAAAUUGAAUUGAA